AUGGGCUCUCGCGAUGAUGAGUACGACUACUUGUUCAAAGUUGUUCUCAUAGGAGACUCCGGUGUCGGAAAGUCUAAUCUAUUGUCGCGAUUUACACGCAAUGAGUUCAAUCUUGAAUCGAAAUCGACGAUUGGUGUCGAAUUUGCGACAAGAAGUAUUCAAGUUGAGGGGAAAACCGUGAAAGCUCAAAUUUGGGAUACUGCUGGUCAGGAACGUUAUCGAGCCAUCACAGCGGCUUACUACAGAGGAGCUGUUGGCGCUCUUUUGGUGUAUGAUAUCGCUAAACAUAUGACAUACGAGAACGUCGAGAGGUGGCUGACGGAACUGAGAGAUCACGCAGAUCAGAACAUCGUUAUCAUGUUAGUUGGUAACAAGAGUGAUUUGAGACACCUUCGGGCAGUUCCAACUGAUGAGGCGAAGAUUUACGCUGAAAAGAAUCAGCUUUCUUUCAUCGAGACUUCCGCCUUAGACAGUACAAAUGUCGAAGCUGCGUUCACAAACAUCUUGACGGAGAUCUACAAAUCUGUUUCCAGCAAGCACGUCGGUUCUGAUCGUCCUGGAUAUGGUGGCGGAAGUGGAACUAUCAUUCCAACACCACCGACUGAGUUGCCGAAGAAGCAGUGCUGCAAUCCGUAA